AUGGUGUCUAAAGUGGAAGAGGCAAUGAAGAGAAGGCAGCAACAACAAGAACAGAAGCAGCAAUAUCAUCACCAGCAGCAGCAGCAGCAGCAGCAGAAGCAAAUACAGUGCAACAAAAGCAAGGUUUGCAAAUUCAAGAGGAGCACCUCCAAUGUCGAAGAAGAUGGAGCUUCCACUGCCAUUCUCUUGCUUGCUUGCAUCGUCUGCGCUCCUUCGUAUCCAUAG